AGAUUUUCAGUUUGAACAGUAACGUCCUACUGAACGGUCGUAUUUUGAACCGAGUGCUGCAUGUAAUCCUUUGUGUUUCGCUUCCUCGGUGGUCAAGUAACCGCUGGUUCUAGUCGUGGGGUGCCCAAAUUGUUUAUCGAUGAAAUAACUCGCAUACCAACCGUGACUUCGUUGCUUUAUUUAAAGUGGUUCUAAAUAUUGAUUCAUAGGUGUAGUGUUUUUUUCGUAUUUACUCAACGAGUGCGAAUUUUGUUUGGUUGAAUGGCUUCACUAGUGUUACUAUAACAGGAAAUUCGCGCUAAUCUGCGGAGGUGGUUGCCGUUGAUGUCACUUGAUCAUAUGGCGCGUCGUAAUUCAAGAGUUUUUUUAAUUUAAUUGAUUUAAUUGACACAUCCAGUCGUGCUAUGUGAACAUUCGAAACCUUGUAUGACAACAACAGCGAUAUCACCCAAAACAAAGUGCAUAAACGAAAAUCGAAAACAGUUAUUACCAAUAUGGCAAUGCAAACCAUAACCAGUUCCGCACCGGGUGGCAGAACAACAGCUGCAGCAAAUCCCCAGCUAAAAAGCUUAGUUUACUCGAAGUACCGUGAAAUGUUAGGCUCCUAUAACGGCAAAGCAAAUGAAAUAUUGCAAUCGUAUCCAGCGUAUAUGGUGAAGGAAGACAAAGGAUUCGACUUCGUAGACAAUUACGGAGGCGCACCGCAAUCCACAAUUGGUAGCUCGGCACGACGAAUACAGGCACAACUACCAGCGGAGCCACCUGCAUGCGUUCAGAAUGCUAUGAUGCGACGGGACAAACAACCCUUUACCUACACACCUGGUGGUAUCGACCUGUCACAAAUCAAAUCCCCUCGUAUGGCUAAGCGAAUUUCACGGAACGCACAGUCCGAGGGAGUUGCAGGGCAACCAAAAAUAUCCCCAUUAGCACAGAACAAUGGUAGUAGUAAUAGUAAUAACGGUAGUGGUAACGCUCAGACAGCAGUGUCACCAGCGGCAACGUUAGGAGCCGCUGCAAUGGGUAUGCCUUUCCAGGUAUUUCCUAAUGAGCCACCUGCACCUCCACCACCUCCCCCACCCAGCACAGCCAAACGACCAACUACAAGUCAGUCUAAUGGCAAUGGUGCCCCGGUACCUCCUCCUCCACCGCCUCCGUCAGCAUCAUCUGCAGAGAAAAUGACUGCAAGACCACCACAGGUUUUUGAACCUCCUCCAAUGGGUUGUAGACCAGAAAUUAAAAUUCCACCAAAUCCGAUGUCAAAUCUUCGGAAGGCACCAAGACCUCAGCCAAAGAACGACUUCUGGAUCGAAGAAUAUCGCAAUGAGAAACUCAAUGAAAUGCCUAACCGACCAGGACCAACAGGCCUUCAGAGCAGCAAAGAAACAGAUAACGAAGUCGCCAAAAACACUCAGAACCGCACAGAAGAACUCACCGCUAUGAUUGAAUCACCAAAUAAACGAUCACCAAGCCCAUCCAAUCUAACUAAAUUGCUCGAAAACGGUUCACGGGUGUCAUCCAUUAAGACACCUCCUGUCUAUAGUCAGAGCCCAAUUCCAGCCAGUCUUCCACCACCAAUCACACCGACAAAAGUGUCACAACUUCCAUCCGAGUCAUCCAUCAACUCUCCAGAGACACCAUCACAGGAUAAAGAACACUCUCCUAAACAGCAAAUUUUACCAUCAUCUUCACCUUCACCAACCACAAAUGGCACUAACACCAGAUAUAACAACAACACAACCAAUUCUGGAACUGCUAGUGUAAAACCACCAACUGCACAAAAACCUUCCCCACAAGGCUUAGGAUCACUGUAUAUCCCACCCGCUCAUGAAGUAUUCGCUAACAGCAAGCAGACUCUCCUCAAUCAAACAAGUCCACCAUGGAUGUCAUCUCGCCAAAAUAGUUUAAAAGAACAGCCCGAAUGGGUCCAUAAAGAGGACCCUGAAUAUCCUGACUCAAAAUCACGGGUGUCUAAUUCUAAUCUUAAAGAAUCACCUGCUAAAGCAUCAGAAUCUGUUACUGCAGUUUCCCCAAGUCCAGCCAAAUCCGCUUCAUUGACCACAUCUGAGAUAUCGCAACAAAUCAGUGAAUCUCAAGCUGCACCACAGACACGCUAUAUACAGCUGCAAACUCCAUCACCAAAAAUAGCCUCUGCUGCUCAGCAGAUGCCGGCAGCCACUAUGCCAGUUAACCAGAGCUAUCAGCAAACUCCGGUGUAUGUGCAAAAUCAGAUGUAUUCUCCACAACCAGCAGCAUCCCAAAAAGAACGUAUCAUACCGAUACAAAUAGAACAUUCGCCUAUCCAAACACCCGCUUCUGCACCCAACUUUGCUCCACCGCCUUACUACAGCCCGGGACCACAAUACAGUAAUGUUCAGUCUCCACUUACAGUCAGUUACCCGAUGCCUCAUAGUGGAUAUACAACACCCACCGCAAUGUUUACCAACCCAAACCACUUUGUAAAUCAAGGAUACAACAACAUAACGUAUCCACCAACGUCACCACAUCAUCCUAUCUAUCAACAACAUCAUCAACACUACCAGCCACCGUCGUCUCAGCAGUAUCAACAACAGCAAUAUCUACAAAUGAUGCAACAACAACAACAACAACAGCAGCAGCAGCAGCAGAGAAUACAGCAGCAAACGCCAACCCAACAGCAAGCAGGUGUCCGCAUCGUACCGAUCAAGGUUGAAGAUGCAGAGAACGGUGCUAGUGCGACGAAUGUCCGCGGACCUCUGUCCCAAACGCCAGCGAUUAUUCAAAGUGGCGAUCAUAGAUAUAUCAUUCACGAUAUCCCGCUAGAAGCAAAGCUUCGUUUUCUUAAAAAUAGACUCAGUGAUCCACGAAGCAGUAACAAUUCGCAGUCGUGGAACGGUGCAACUACACCAAAUCAGUCGCGGUCGUUCAGGGUACUUCAACAGAUAACAGACACAUUGGAAGAAGAUGAGGCUAAAUCGAAACCUACGACACCCGGCAAUGAGUCACAGCGAAAUUCAGAGACAGCGGAUAGUCAACACAGAAGGAUGCAGCUAAACGAGGAGGACAAAGCCAUGCUGAAUCGAGUCAAAACCCAAGUCGAUGGAGAAGUAUAUCUCCAUAAUGAAGAAGAUCCACGCUAUCGAGGGGCCGCAAUACCUUCGAAGGCGUUCCGGUAUCUGCAGAACAUGACUGAAGGCGGUCAGCCUUCAGGUCCGAGUAAUGCUGGCUCAGUAAAUCGCCCGAAACAGAUGUUUGUGCAAAAUCGUGGAAAUUUCUGUGAAUCAGAAGAUGAUCAACCGCAGCACUAUGUGCCUCCCAGCGAACAAAAAGUGGAAGAACCGAAGAAAUACACUGGAAGCGCUAUCCCGAGCCGAUCGUUCAAAAUACUGCAAGCUAUGACACAAUCGGACGCACCCGCCGACACAAAUUCCUCUGACACUGAAGGUAAUCAAAAUUUACCAUGCGGCGGCGAAAUCCGAUAUUCACCAUAUCCGUAUCCGCCUCAACCUCACUAUUGCUGUAAUCCAAAUUGGCAUUAUUACGAUCCCGGUAAUCCACAAUACUAUCCCCAUCCUCCGUUACAACCAACACCCCAUCAUGCACCAGGCUAUUACUAUCCCCCUCUUCCACUUCCUCCAUUACCACCUCAUGGUCACUACGAGCGCGGCGCCUACUACCCGGGUUACAUCUCACCACAUCAUUUUUACUAUCCUCAAGAACCAUGUUCACCAUGUACGCCUCCUCCAUACUAUCAGAUAGGGCAACCACAUUUCACCUACUGUGAAAACAUUGCUUCGGAUUCGCCGACUCAUACUUACGUCAUCAAGACACCACCGCCACGAAUUGUAGUCACACCGACUCCCGACGACUCGUCCGAUGUCGAAUCCAUUCUGAGCGAUCUUAACAACCGACCACAUCCACUUACGCGUUCCCAGAGCAGCUUGCAGCGUCUCUCCGAGCGAUUGGCUAACUUUAGCACCACACCGGAGGUUUUCUUUUCACCGGACGAAGGCUCUAUAGUCCGAUGCUCACCCAGUAGUCCACUGAACGAAAGAUAUCGUACUUUCGAAGAAAGUACCUUAGCAACACCUUCCCCCAAGCCUGCCUGUUCAGAUUCGGAUGAGGAAGAUGACAUAGAAACACACAUAGGUGCAGAAGAAAAACCGCUGGAAAAUGGAAAAAGUAAUCCCAAAGAACUGCCAGACACCGAGAAAGAAGACACCAGUGAGGAAAGCGAAGACGAAGAAACAGUCGGUUGCGAAAGCAAUCCACCGGAGCAUCUGCCACACCAGCUGAGUGUAAUUUUCGAAGAGGAAAGUAACUAUACGUGCUCAGCGAAUCCAAGUCGAAGAGAGAGCGUUUGCAGCAAUCAUUCAACGUUAAGCGAUUGCUCAUCUACACUAGCAAAUGAUCUCGACGUGGACCAUGAGGAUCAAUUAGUGGAAAACGACAAUGGAAACGAAACAGAUGAUGAUAUCGAAGAACACCUUGAGGAUGAAUGCAUUUCGCUGAAAGAAAAUGUGCAAGAUGAGAAACAUGAGGUUGGUUCGGAUAGCUCAGACGAAAGUUAUGAGUCAGAAUCGGAGGAGGAAAUCAGUAUGGAGGAGAAUAAAGAUUGUGUGGAUAUCAAAUCAGGAAGUAUUGACGGUGAUGUGGCUAAUCAUGAAAGUGAGCAAAGAGAUAAUCCCAGAAAUAGUUCCGGAAAAAUUGCUGACUGUAAUAUCGGUAACAAGCGAAACAAGAUUGAGCAAAAUGUUAAACCAUUUGACGUAGUAGAAAAUUUCAACACUCAAUUCACAGAGGAAGACGAGAGUAGUGAAAGUGAAGAAGAUUCAAAUUGCAGCAAAGAUGAUUACGAAAGUGAGAAAGACUCACCGUUAGAAAUGGUUGAAAAAAGCACAGAUGCUGAUGUAACAGUUACUAUCACUAUUCCUUCAACAAGUAGCAAAUCGAUAAAUGAAAUCGCAGGUGAGAGUGAAGAAAAUCAUACGCGAAAUUUUUCGCUGGAGUAUGAGGAAGAUACACAAGUAUCAGUGUCUGUUUCUUUACCACUGAAAGCAAAAACAGCGGCUACUACAGAGUCUCAAUGUUCAGUAAAACAAUCCGAAGAAAGUGCCGAAGAGAAAGUAUCAGCAGAAGCUGAACCGCAAAACGAUGAUGAAGAGAUAGACUUUUGGAGUCAAAUUGGAGAAGAGGAAGAGUUCAAUCGACCGAGUAGAUCAUACUCAAGAGAGUUUUGGAGUAGUCGAGAGGUUAGCAUUGUCCGUGAUGGAAUGUGCAAUGGCGAAAGUAAUGAUGACAACUACAGGGAUGGUGAACCUGAUUUCUGGAAUAACGAAAACGGACCAACGGAGGCAAUCGAUCUAUGGAAGGCUGACGAAAAUGUAGAGACUUUCUUAAAACAAUGCACCAAAGAGCACAAAGAAGAUUCGAUUCAAUUUUGGCAAAGCGAAAACGAAAGAGUGACUCACGACUUGUUCAAUAAGCGAAAACAUAGCGUCGAAACUGACGAGGAAAGUUUAAAAUUGGACGAAAAUAAUAACUCUAGUACCUGGAACAAAAUACGGACAAUAGGUCUAGAAGCACCUGACAGUAACUGUCCGAAUAGUAGCGACAUUGCGGAAGACAGGAAGCAAUCGGCCUACAAUAUGAAAGAAGAAAGUUCUGAAGAAGAGAGCGAAGAUAACAGUGAAGAGUAUGAAACAACUAAUACUUCUAAAGAGGAAUCAGAUUUGGGGACUGCCGAAACGGAGCAGAAUCAGAAUAAUACACAGGCAGCAGAAAAAGAGACAGCUUCUACCGUUGUUUUGAAAACUGUACCAACCCUGGAAAAAAUUGAUCACAAAUGCAAUACUAUUCUGAGUACACUCACUCAAAUUUCUAAAAUGGACGAUAAAAAACUUUCGGUGCGAGAAAGAAUAUCUAUUUUCGAAACUCAAUCGUCAAAUACAAAAUCUGAAGUCUCCAAGCGACAAAAACUAGGUGAUUCUUCAAGCCAUUCAUCAAUUCCGGCAGCGCAGAAACGAGCCUGUGAUGAAUCGGAAGCAGAAGAUGAUUCUGGCGUUACGUCGGAUAUAAGCAAACAUAUAUCAGAAGUGGAAACGGACUCUGAAUGUUUCCCCGAGAUGCGAAAAAUGACACGUUACCAACGAGCGGCGACACAUUCCAGAUUAUUCAAACUUUUGCAGGACGAAAGUAACAAUGGUGAUAGCGAGGACGAAGAAGUUCAACCAAUGGAGUUCGUCGAGGGUAGCAAGCAGAACGACGAACAGACUAAGAAUCUAUACCGUCCUAGUUACAUUAAUUGCAAAGAAUCAUCUUUCGAGGACAACUCCAGUACAUCGAACACUGCCGCCGAUCGUAGAGAUCGUUUAUCACUGCCAAUCAGACAUCAGUCUUCUUCUGGUAUUGAAAGCUUAUCGUCUUCCACUUCCUCCGCAUCUCCUGUAUCAGGAGUGAGCAAUGAAAAACUUGCCGAGGAACUAGUACUUAGUUUAUUGAUGAAAAAGAAGGGUAGAUUGUUCCGUAAUUUGCCGCUAGAGAAACUGCAUGCAGCUGCAUUGAAGAUUCUCCAGGAAGAUCUAGAAUCGAACGGAACAAUCAGUUCCAAUGAGGAUAAUAUAAUAACUGUCGAUUCGACACCUGCCUUAACCCCACAGGAGUUUAAAUCAGAUUAUCGGAACUCUUAUUCCGAUUACUACGAAACAUGGAAUGAAGCGCCUAGAAACAUAUCUCCUCAUGAUACAGCUAAUCAUCUGGAAACAUUACCAUCAAAAGCAUUUAAAAACUUACAAGAGCACACCGCGAAUCGAAAAUCAACCAACUGGUCUGCCAGGUGUCCAUGUGUACUCAGUAACAAAAGCAUAUCGCGACUUGCGGAAGUCCGAGAAUCCGACACCUCUGAUUCAGGUUUAAUUUCCCGCUCACGUCCUGCAUCUCGUGCAUCCAGUCGCUCCGUGCCUCCGUGUUUGGAUUGAGCUGAUGAAUUAGUGUUUGCUUUAGCAAAAGCAAAAGGCGCAAGAUUUAUUAAAACUAAAUAUUUGAGAAUUAGGGGGCACUGAAAUCCGCGAGGAAGCCUAUUCUGCACAUGAGAUGAAACACAUUUCCGCAACGAAGCGCUUUGUUUUUUUUUUUUCUGUCAUAAACUGGAACGAUUUACUUAAUUCGAGCAUUUAGCGAAAUGUAUAUUUAUGAGAAAAGGUUCAAAACAUGAAGCAGCAGAAAGCAUGAAUAACAAAAGCAUACCAUCAAGAUUUCAGAAACGCAGGGCCUGGAGAAACUGACUUUUAAUCGAGCAAGGAACUAUCCGAAGAGCUAUCACAUUACGAAAUUAUACCGUCAACAUAAAACAAAUUUACACGAUCCCGUAGACGCACAUACAUACUAACGAACUUGUUGUAGCAUUUUACUAGUUAUAUAAAAAGCUAGCGUUAGGCGUAUACUACCUACUAAAUAAGUUUACCGUUCAGAAAAAAAAUGAAAAAAGCACAAAAAAAUACUUUAUAUUCGAAACACAAUAAACUUCUCCUAACGGUUUUUAUAAUCCUAUACCGCUAUCAAUUGAAUACACUAAAGUUUGUGUGAGUGUGAGAUCUCAAAUUUAUGAAGAAUAGUUAUGAUUGAUUCUGGCCUUGUCACUGAAAUCUUGUUAUCUGGGUCAACUUUUGUUAGUUGCACCAUUAUGAUCAACACCAAGAGAUUUUUUUCGCAGCAAAGGAUAUCCAAACAAAACAUGUCGGAAGUUACUCAACAGAAAGGAUAAUGCUUAUUUUUGGUUUUGUUAAUUAAUAUAUGAUAUUUAUUUUUGCCUGUCAAUUGAGGUUUUUUAAUGUUAAGAAAAAAGCGAUGUUUGGCAAAUCCGAAUGCUGCAGUAUACUCAAAGCAUUGAAUACUGCAGGGAGUUUAAGCAAAAUUCAGAAUUUAUUCAUGGCAAAUAAAAA